GACAACAAGAACCGAGUAGUGAAGUGUUUCUCUUCGUAAUGUUUUGUUCGUCGUUAAUUAUAAUUAAAUGUUCGUUUUAAAACAAAUAAAAGGAUAAAGAAAUCAAGUGAUCAAAGUUUCGUGAUAUUCGUAAGCUUUUCGCGUGUAAUUUGUUCGUGUAAAUGUGUUCGUUCGCGAGUUUGUAUACUUAGUUUACAGUGUGUGUUGUGUACUAAUUUUUACCAUGCUCAUGCUCCUAAUGGAUCUCUCCUCACUUUCUACUUGAAACCAUCAUCUGAAUCAACUCUUCGGUUAAUGAAUACAGCAGACUACGAAGAAGAGCCGAACUGAUGGCCCAUCAUCAUCACCAUCACCGUAAACCGGUCUUGUCGCCGGAGCUGGCUUUGGCUUCCGACUUGUUCGAUAAGUUCUGCGGCGCAGCUACCCUCAAAACCAUAUUGUGCAAUUAUCGUAACCUGUGCGAAAUUUUGAACCUUAAACCGACAAAUUUUCCGCAGUUUUACCCUAAACUUAAGAGCAAAUUAUGUUCCUGGAGAGCUCAAGCAUUAUGGAAUAAAUUCGAUAAACGAGCUAAUCAUAAGUGUUACAAUCGAGGCAAAGCGUGUCCUAAUACGAGGGUGUUAAUCAUCGGUGCCGGACCAUGCGGUCUACGUGCAGCGAUCGAAGCUCAGUUACUAGGUGCCAAAGUAGUAGUGAUAGAAAAACGAGACCGUAUGACUAGAAAUAACGUAUUACAUUUAUGGCCUUUCGUUAUCCACGAUUUAAGGGCCCUCGGUGCUAAGAAAUUUUUCGGCAAGUUUUGCGCCGGUUCCAUCGAUCAUAUUAGUAUAAGGCAACUGCAAUGCAUAUUAUUAAAAGUAGCGUUACUUUUGGGCGUCGAGAUUCACGAAGGCGUCGGCUUCGAAUCGCUGAUUUAUCCUUCAGAUCAAGACGAAGAUAAAAUUGGUUGGAAGGCUAAAGUGUCACCAGAAGAUCAUCCGGUAUCGCAGUACGAAUUCGAUGUUUUGAUCGGCGCAGAUGGUAAACGAAAUACUUUGGAAGGGUUCAAGAGGAAAGAAUUCAGAGGUAAAUUGGCCAUCGCUAUAACGGCUAAUUUUAUCAAUCAUCGUAGUGAAGCGGAAGCUCGUGUCGAAGAGAUUAGCGGAGUAGCCUAUAUUUUUAAUCAAAAAUUUUUCAAAGAUCUGCUCCAAGCGACGGGUAUCGAUUUGGAAAACAUCGUUUACUACAAGGAUGAUACCCAUUAUUUCGUGAUGACUGCUAAAAAGCAGAGUUUACUCAAUAAAGGAGUCAUACUUAACGACUACGCCGACACAGCGAAGCUCCUAGCCAUCGAAAAUAUCAACAAAGAUGCCCUAAUGGAGUACGCCAGAGAAGCGGCUGAUUUUUCUACCGAAUAUAAACUGCCUCAGUUGCAGUUCGCCGUCAAUCAUUAUGGCCAACCAGACGUCGCCAUGUUUGAUUUCACCUCGAUGUACGCGGCUGAAAACGCCAGUCGUGUAAUACAGCACAAAAAUAACAAGCUUUUGAUGUGUCUGGUCGGUGACAGUUUACUUGAGCCAUUUUGGCCGACCGGAUCAGGCUGCGCUAGAGGCUUCCUCAGCUCAAUGGAUGCCUGCUGGGUUGUCCGAAGUUGGGGCAGUGGACUAUCUAAUCCAUUGGAGGUGGUCGCCGAACGUGAAUCGAUUUAUAGGCUGUUGAAUCAAACUACUCCCGAGAACCUGUCUCGAGAUACGGCCAAUUAUACGCUAGAUCCGCACACCAGGUAUCCGAAUCUGAAUACCAGGCUCGUCUUACCUAUUCAAGUUAAAAAUCUUUACGCUUCCGAUGACCCGUUGGCUGUGGAGAAUUGCUUAAAAGCUCCGUCUAAUAUGAUCUCUGAUUAUUCGAAAAAACGUAGAAGAAAAGAUACUCAAAUCCAUCACGAUGUAUUGCUAUCGUGGCUUAAAAGACAGGUAGCCCUGUAUAGAGAUUUAUACAUCGAAGAUACCAGCAAAUCGUUUAAAAAUGGAUUAGCUCUGUGUGCUAUCAUACAUCGAUAUCGUCCUGAUCUCAUUGAUUUUAAGUCUUUAAAUUCGACCCAUGUCGCGGCCAAUAAUCAACUAGCUUUUGAUAUUUUAGAAAAGGAGUACGGUAUUUUACCUGUUAUGACCGGAGUAGAAAUGGAAAAAUGCGACGUACCUGAUAAUUUAACCAUGUUAUCGUACCUGACUCAAAUUUACGACAUAUUCAGAGGCGAAAUACCCUGCAUCCAUCAUCACAGAAUGGAUGAAGACGAUCCUGAAACAAAAGACACAAUCGAACAAGCCGCAGCGUACAAAAAUUCAUUUAGUAAAUUAUCGCAAUCGCAGAAAUUAUCCUUAUUGAGUAGAUUAUCUGGUUCGAUACCUAGGAAACGAUAUCGAGAAAGCAGAUCGCCCACGGUACCUAAUAGGCCAUUAGAUGCACCCGUACCUCCUCGUAAAUCGAAGAAAAGAAAGAGCGGAUGUACCUCUGGGAUCAUAGCAGAAAGAAAACACUGUUUCGAAGGUGCUAAAAAGAAAGUAUACUAUGACGUUGAAAAUAAUCAUAGUAAAUUAAACGAUCAAAAACUGGUCUCGAUGAGAAUAAUGAAAAGCAUGAGAAUGCUGCAACAAAAUAAAAAACAAGAAAACGAUAGCAUUCCGUUCGAAGAUUAUUCCAUGUUUGUAUACAGACAACAAGCGCCCGAUUUUAAGGAGCGAGUUAAGGAUCUUGAAAGGAAGCUGUUGAAUCCAGAUCGAGACGUUAAAGAACUACAAGAAGUGAAAAAGAAUCCAUUAGAAGAAGAUUUCUCCGGCCGAGUACGAGUCAUCGAAACAAAACUAAAGGAAGGAUCGAGACACGAAAAGAAACCAAAAGACCUGCUGCGAGCAAUCGGUAAAAUUGAAAAAACUGAUUGGAACGUGAAAGAACUCGAGAAGAAAAUCGAAGAAAAUAAAUACGGAAGCAAAUUUCUAUCGUCAGCUGCCAAAGUGCCCAAAUGGAAUAAACAGCAAUUUGAUGAUAAGUUCAGCGCCGUAAAGAAGAAAUUGGUAGAUCGAGAUUCGCACAACGAUUCAAAAUACGCACAAUACGAUAACACGCUGAAAAAGCUCGAACAAAAGCUUCGCAAUGGAACCGCUCUGGAGCAAGGUCAACGAGGAGCUAAUAAAGUAUCAGCCAUGGCAGCUCAGUUAACCACAUUGAAUCAGCCAUCGGAUGAGAAAGUGACAAUCCAGAAAUCUGAAUCGCGUAAUCCUGUCGUAAUUAGUAGUCAAGGAGCUAGCGAGAUGUGUCAUUUUUGCAGUAAACGGGUCUAUCUUAUGGAGAGGCUGAGCGCCGAAGGGAGGUUUUUCCAUCGUGGUUGUUUCCGUUGCGAGUAUUGUGGCAUUUCUUUAAGAUUAGGCAAUUAUAGUUUUGAUCGAGAUGGUAAACAUGGUAGCAGAUUUUAUUGCACGCAGCAUUUCGGAUUCCCUGGAACGUACAGGACGAAGGUGAAAAAUAGACAGAACGAUUAUAAAAAUGAGAUCUCGAAUAACGAUAAAGAAAACGAAAAUGUACCCAAGACUCCUACAAUGCUCAAUUUAAAUUUCCUCAACGACUCGACCGAUACACCGGAACGAGUGGAAUUCGAGAAUUUAGAUAUCGAUAAAGAAGACGUAGGUAGCACGUCGAGAAACGAGAUGGACGAAGACGAAUGGACCGAUCAUAAUUUUGGUACUUCGGCCAACGAAUUGGCAUCCAGCGACGACGUGUCAGAUAUCAGUGAUUCUGAGGAAGAAGAAGAAGAAGAAAACGAAGACGAAUUUGCUCAAGCUAUCGAUAUUCCAGCUUUAGAUAACAACGAAUCUCUGGAAUUCACUCGACGAUUUUCUUCCACCUCGUUACCAGCGUCUCCUUUGACUGAGACGCCCCAUAGGAAGAAUUCCGGUCCGAAUAGUCAUAGCUUGAUUAUCAAUAACGUCAGUCGGAAGAUAAUACCGCCGGAUGAAAGUGACAGCUCGCCUUCAGAUGAUUCGGCCGAUGAGCAUAUAAGUUAUUGCGAAUUCGAAAGCGAUGGUGUACUCACUAAUACUAGGUACUGGCGGCAGAAAUGGAUUACUAUAGACGAAGAGAGCGACACGGCCACCGGCGAAGAAGAAGCCAAAGUGAGAGAAAUGCGUAUGAAAGGAGUCCGCCUCAAAGUACCGGAACGUCAGAACGCUUCGGAUUCCGGAUCGGAUACCGAGGUUGCUUCUGACGGCGAAUACACGUCUUCAGGGGACGAAGACGACAGCGACGAAGAUGACGAUAGCGACUCGGAUGAAAACUCAGCCACCGAAAUCUCAACCGAUUCGGAAUUCGAGCGAAAUCACAGCACGGUGAUAAAAUCGGAAAUACCGGACAUCGUCAUCAGCGAAAGCCUACCAACUCGAAAAGGUCAUCUAGAAGAGGUUCAAAAAAUACAAAUUAUCAGUAAAAACGUAGCCGAGAAAAGCGUACCACAGAUAAAAGACGAUUCUUCGUCCAAGCAGCAGACGACGGUAGUGAACGGAUCCGGAUCGGCGACCGAAGUGACCAGACCCAGGUUACCAUUCGUGAACCCGAAUCGAGGCGAUUAUUACCUCAAUAGAACCCAAUCAACGGAGGGAGUUGCUUCGAAAAUCUCUCUCGAAUUGAAAAAGAAAUACUUGUUGGGCGAUUCGACAACAAACACUGUGAAAAAAUCAGGCUCCACUUCUGUACUCGAUACGAAGUUUAAAUCACUCGUUGAUCAGAUCUCCGAACACCAGAAGUUGCUGAAUCCGGCUCCGGAGCCGAGCGUUUCGAUGCAGGCUUUCUUGGACGGUUCGAGUAUGCUGAAAAGGUCACCUACGCUGUCUCCUACGUCGUCGACGAAUCUGCGUAAAUCCAAAGAGCUCACCGGAUUGGAUGAUUUCAAACAUGUUUGCGAUCCGGCGAAGAAUACCAACGUUGAUGAGAUCGUGACCAAGGAGCAGCCUGUGGAGGUUCGCAGGGAACCUAGUCCGGUAUUCGAGACAUCGAUUGUGGUACCGGAUCUGCCUAGAAAGAAGCAUCAGAAUCAGGCUCCGCAGAAGGACACGACGACGUCGACUUCGGACGACUCGUCGGCUGGCGAAGAAGACGAAGAACGCAGUUACCAUAAUACCAAUGCUCAAAUCUCGUUGCCAAAAGUCGAAAUACAUAAUUCGCAAGGCGAAUUGUUACCAAGCGACGCAGAUGUCGAGAAGAAUAGCGAAUUGGGCGACAAUGCUGCCUCCAGUACCGAAGACAGUGCGAAUGUGAACGUUACCCCUACACCUUCUCCUCCGCCGGUGGAAUGCAAACGAAAAGACGUGACCGGAAGUAAGGAAAGCUCGCCUAGUAAAAUCAUGGCGAUGCCUGUCGACUCGAAAGACAAAGAAGCGCAGAUCCUGAAACACGUCUCGACUCCGGCCGAGCUAUUCAUCUCGAACGAUGCGAAGAAGACGAGCGAUAAGAACUCGUUCAGCGAUAAAAGCAGUCCUUCGACGCCGACGUCGUGCCAGGGAGACGAUAACACGCUGGCUGUGUUCACCGAAACCGAGCUAUCGGACUGGGCUCGCGAUGAAGACUGCGCCGUAUCGGAGAAUUUCGACGAUUUGAUCUUGGGUACGUCUAACAUCACUUACAGACGUCACCAGAAACCGCAGAAAAAACGCUCGAAUCGCGACGCUAAUGCUAAAUCGUUGAAAUCCGAGCUGAGAGAUGAAUUCGUCCACGUGUGCGGUAGACCUUCGGAAUCCGGGCCUUCGAAACCGACCUCGCUAAUGCUGGCUAAUCUGGACGAUAUGGAUAUCGAGUUCAUGGAUACGGGUGAAGACGACGAUCUCAGCGAGACGGCCGAAGCAGCUAAUCCGAUGUUCUUGAAGAAUAGCGGAUACAUCGAGUACGUUACCAGUGAAGACGAAGCUAAGACACCGCUGGCCGAAGCCGUCAAUUCGAAUUAUCCGUCCUUUAGCGAUUACAGCACGUCCAGAACGAGUACCAGCGAUCAAGACAUCACCGUUAGGAUAUUCGACGAUAAUAUCAAUAACAAUUCCCUCCAGAGACCGAGCCCUAGCGAAGAAUUUGAUAACUUCGUUCAUCGCUUUCAAGAUCGCAUUUCUCCUUUCGGCAACGUUAAAGAUUCCAUCGACAUAAGGAAACAAAGAAAUAAAUCCGUCAGAUCGCCGACCGAACCCGGUCCGUCGCAGCAAAUCACUCCCCCAGCUCCGGUCGAAUUACCCGAACCACCUCAAGAACCGCAAGGACCGAGUCAAAAACUAGAACAGCUUUCGAAAGAACGAUCCAAACAGAAAAACCUGAUCCACGAAAUGGUCAUGAGUAAAUUGCAAUCCGAAGGUAAAUCUUUACAAGAUCGGAAAUCCAAACGUAACUCGCGUUCGUCCCUUAGCCCGUACAGUUCGAGUUCCCAGAACUCUCUGCUAAGCAGACCGGAUGAUAAAAAAGAUGAAGAUAUGGCCGCCGUGAGUACCAGUCGUGUUCGCGAUAACAUCAUUGUCGAAAACGAUCCCAUCAGAGACGGUGACGAUUUCAAAGAAAAUAUUCCCUAUUCGUCGUUAAAUCUGAGUAAAAAAGCUAGCGAACAGUCUCUACAAUCGGAAGGCAAAUACGCCGAAUCUUUCUCGUUACCGGAUAUCAGAAAAGCACUGAAUGAUGUAGGUGAUAAGCUGCUCACUCCGGUGCUUCCGUCGACCGCACGAAUGGAGAUCCUGAAGUCUACGGAGUCGAUCAGGCAACAGGCUCGAACCAGAGCUAGACUGAUGAGUGAUUCGGAACUAGGGCUUAGUCCGGAAGACAAGCUUAAGUUACUGAAGCAGAAAAUAGCUGCUAGAAAAGCCGUCCAAAGUGCCUAUUACGAUUAUCCAAAGUCGAACGAGUUUCUCGAAGAGAAAGGUACACCGAAUGUGCUGGAUGCGUUGCAAAACGCUAUCAUGGAUGCUGACUGUAAAAAUAAUAAUGAUGGGCAGUCGAUAUCGCCGAGGAGUAAAAUGGCUAAAGAUAAAGAUCGCCGGAAAAGUAUCAUCCAAGCUGUAUCCGAUUUCUUCACCAAGAAGUCACCUACCAAAGCAGCUCCUAUAAAAGAGACACCGUCCGCUUCUAGUCUGAACAAACUCAAGUUCAAAAUCGCCUUGAUGAGCAAGGAAAGAUCUAAGUCGGCCGAUGACAUUUUUACCUUAAUUUUGGAACACAACGAGAAAAAUUUAGCCAGCGAUGAUACGCCGACAACGCUGCAGACUAAAUACAUCAGCGAUUGCGAUCUAAUCAAGAGAUCAGCGGAAAUGGAUCAAACACCUCCUAGACCACCUUCUCCAGUUUGCUAUACUCCGGCUCGAGAGAAAUCAGAUGAAAAUAUUUCGGUGACUAGUAUAGAAAGUAAAGAUGACAAUGCCGCUAUUAACGCUUCCAAAUUGAGAUCUAGUCAUCGUAAGACGAGGCGUGAGAAUCAAAAAAGAUUACGGAUGGCUCAAGAGAUCCAACGUCAAUUGGAAGAAAUCGAGGUUAAACAGAAAGAAUUAGAGUACAAAGGUGUCAACGUAGAGAAAGCUUUAAGAAAUAAGAAUCAAAGUUCAGAAAGCGAAUACGAAUUAAUGCAAGAGUUACUGGAUAUGAUCCGAGAACGCAACGAGUUACGUAAAUUUGAACAAAAAUUAUUAUUAAAAGCUAAAGAAAUUGAAACGGAAGAUCCGUAUUCAAGACUGAAUAAUUGAUCGAAGCGAAGAUUUUUAUAUUUUAUUUUAUUUAGAUGACUUUUUUUUUUGUUGUUGUAAAAUAUUAGGUAUCUAUUCCAGUCGUAAUUUUUUUUAUUAUUUGAAAACGAACAAUCUUUUUUUUUGAAUUGAAAAAUUUAUACUUACGUAUCGAGUCGACUAGGUUUUUUUUCCAUCAGGGAUUUUAAUUACUUCAAAACUCUAGUCAAUCUGUAUUGAGUUCAAGGGGAAAAUAUCACCUUAAUAGUCGACCCAAUACACCCAUGGCCUUUUACUUCUUCCUCCUUCUGUCCUAUACAUUGAGCCUAAUUGUGAAUAAUUUUUAAUCCUGAAACAAUUACAUAUACUUUAAAUGUUUAUGUAUCAUGAUUGUGUAUUUCUAAGCUUAUUGAAUUUUUAACUCUUUUUUUUUCUUUCGUUCGUGUAUAUGGUGUGAUAUAUGUGAUAACAAGUUUUUAUUUUUCAUUGACUAUGACUGUUUUCGAUGUAGAUGUUUGUACGCUUUGUUAUUUUGUGGUUUAUUCGAUUUUUUUUUUCAUAAAUUAAGCUAUACCGAAUACCUAUACUUAUACCUAUUUUUGUUUCCUCGAUUCUUUUUCUCAUGUAGUUGGCUUUUACUUUAGGGAAAUUGUUGUACCUACGUACGUAUUUUAUAAUAUUAUUGUAGGUACUUGUACGAGGAGUGAUUUUUUUAAAAGAGGUUCCUUGUACGUGGUGAUUUUUUUUCUCUUUAUUGUUCGUUUGUGUGAGUGCCAAUUUAUAAGCGUGUAUAUAGAUGAAUUAACCUGACGGGUCAUGCAUACUUUUUAUUUCUACUCUGAUGGUUACGUUAUUAUUACUUUCUUUUGGAAAGAACUGGUUAGUAUUGCACGAUGUGUACUAUGUAGAUUUUAUUAUACUGUUUUAAAAUAUUUUUGGAACGUGAUAAUUUCAAAGACAAAUUUUAAUACUAUGUUAUGAAUGAUGAUGUAUCGAUGUUUAAUUAUAUAUUUUUAAUUCGA